UUUUUUUCUCAAGUAGGAUAAUGGAGUAUAAAUAGGCUUCUUAUUUUUCCUUGUUUUUUUUUGUUUUGUUUUCUACUUUAUUCAAUGGUGAACACAUUACGCCCAUAUCAAUGUCCUUUAUGUCCCAAAUCAUUUUACCGCUUAGAACAUCAAACACGUCACAUUCGGACACACACAGGAGAGAAACCGCAUGCAUGUACAUUUCCAGGCUGUGAAAAGAAAUUCUCCCGCUCAGAUGAACUCACUCGCCAUGUUCGUAUUCAUACAGCAACUCAUAAAAGAAAAGAACGUCAACAGAAAAAGAAAAAGAAGCAGACAUAUUAUCAUUCUGAUUCUGAUAAUGAUCUUGUCUUCACACCAGAAACAUCACCACACAUGUCUCCAAAUGUCUUUAAAUUUACGCCUCUUGAAUGUCAUCCUGUCUAUUUUCAGAAAAGAGUUUGUUUGAUAGACCUUCUUGAAUGUCCUCCUCAAGCGCGUAUUUUACCUCCUAUCAACCCAACUUGUGUUCAACAGGCAUUACCGUCUAUUCAUGACAUGUUGUCCUGAACUGAUUUCUGUAUAGAUAUAGAUUCCCUUCCUUUCUUGUAUAUAUAUAU